CCGCACAAGUGGAUGCUGGUGAACUUUGACUGCAGUGCCAUGUGGCUGAAGGAACCGUACUGGAUUGUGAACGCGUUGAACGUUGAUCCACUCUAUUUAAAGCACGACAUGCAGGGUUCAGCACCGGACUAUUGCAACUGGCAGAUUCCGCUCGGUCGUCGUUUCCGCGCGCUCAAGCUGUGGUUCGUGCUGCGACUGUACGGUGUGGACAACCUGCAGGCUCACAUCCGGCGUCACUGCGGGUUCGCGAAACAGUUCGAAGCGCUAUGCUGUGCGGAUGAGCGUUUCGAGAUUUUUGGCGAGGUACAAAUGGGUCUCGUUUGCUUCAAGCUGAAGGGCUCGAACGAGCUGAAUGAGGCACUGUUGAAGCGCAUCAAUGGUCGCGGUAACAUUCAUCUGGUCCCGGCCAAGGUUAACGAUGUGUACUUCCUGCGUAUGGCAGUGUGUUCGCGCUUCACUGAGACGUCUGACAUCGACUACUCGUGGAAGGAGGUUUCGGCAGCCGCUGAUGAGCUGAAGCAAAAGAAGUUCAUGCUGUUCAAUAAGUUCGAAUACACUUUCAAAAUGUGUUUAAAAAAUAAUAAAACAAGAUAGAAUUUUUCAAGUCAA